UCGCCGGACCUUUAUUUUGAAUCAUCCAAAACCGGAAGUUUUUGUAUUGCUGUAGUGUAAAUAUGUUCAGACCGCGUACAUUGAAGGUCCAAGCCUGGACCUCAAACCACUAAGCAACUUUUAGGCAUCAACCCAUUGCUCAGCCAUGGAAGACGACAUACAGGAGGAGAUGCUGUCCGAGUUCAGAGAGCGGCGUCUGGGCGGCUGGCAGAUCCUGCAGCUGACGGCCGGCACGGGUCUGGCGGUCUACGCCGUCUGGGCAGGAAUCCUAAUGCCGGGGUUUCGCCGAGUGCCACUCAAACUACAGGUGCCUUAUAUGCCAGCGAGCAGAGCUCAAGUGUGUAACGUCAUGACUCUUCUGAAGGGCAGAUCUGGAGGCAUCGCUGACCUGGGAUCAGGGGACGGCAGGAUUGUGUUAGAAGCGUGUCGUGAGGGUUUCUCUCCAGCUGUUGGUUUUGAACUCAAUCCUUGGCUUGUUCGUCUUGCACGCUUUCAUGCGUGGAGAGCUGGACUCCACAGAAGUGUUUCAUAUCAGCGAGAGGACCUGUGGAAGGUUGAUCUCUCAGCGUAUAAAAAUGUCACAGUAUUUCUAGCCCCAAGUGUGUUAAGUCUUUUACAAAAGAAGCUACUGGCGGAGCUCCCUGAAGACGCUUUGAUUGUGGCGGGACGUUUUCCGUUUCCUGAUUGGACGGCGUGCAAACUAGAGGGUGAAGGUGCGGACAGAGCGUGGGCCUAUCGCAUACAAGAACUGAGACGCCGCCACCAAUCACAAGAUACAAACGUCUCCAGAUGAGAAACGUUUUAAAAAAAAUCUCUGCUUUCUUAUUUUAGCUUGGUUUUUGUUUUAUCAUGUUUUACAGAAUUGUUUGAUGCACAGAAUGUUUUAAAAAGAAACUUUUAAAUAUGUAAUUAUAUCAUUUUUAUUGCGCUAUCACUCUUAAGCGAAACAACACAUAAGAUGUCGAAAAACACGUCGGUGUCUGUGAGUGUUCCUUAAAGGGUUCAAACCCGUGGAUGACUUCCUGUUUCUUAAUGUGACCCAGAUAAUGUCAUGUGUACAGUCUCUUUAAGUGUUUCUCUUUUUCAGAAAAAAAAGGAAAUAAACCACAUAUAUUGUGAGUCAUCUUUAAUUAA